UACUGACCUCAAAGCCAAGUUCAGGGAGGUGAGUGGAAAAACAGCGGAGCUUGGACAAUUUUUGAGAAAACUCCCCCCCCACCUUCCCUGAGCUUUCCAGGAUGUUCAAGCGGAACAUGAGCCUUUUUGGCAGCACCUAUCUGUGUGAAAAGCUCUUCUCCACAAUGAACUUCAAUAAGUCAAAGUUCAGGUCCCGACUUAUAGAUGAGCGCCUUAAAGCCAUACUGAGGGUCUCAGUUGCCUCCUCCCUCAAGCCAAAUGUGGCUCAGCUGUGUGAGAGGAAGCGCUGCCAAGUCUUUGACAGCAAGGAUUAGGAGGAAGUAAAUGAAGCCUAUGUUCUGAAGAACUGUUCAUGUUCUGCAUGUUCUGACUUGUUAAGAUUGAGAAGAUUGGUUCAGUUGACCUUUUUGUUUUGAAUACUUGAAGCCUUUUUUUUUGUGGGAUACUUCAUGCGGCCCAGCCUCACCCAGACUCUACCUCCAGCGGCCCCUAGUCCAAGGGGAUACAGCUGGACUGCGACAACAUCGAAGCUUGCCACCCUCUGCCCAAGAGGAGCCUCGGAGACAAACCUGCUGUCAUCAUGCGGUUUGUCAACAAAAAACACAAGAUUGCACUAUUAAAACAAGGAAGUAAGCUGAGAGGAACCAACGUCUACAUCAAUGAGCACCUAACCAAGCACAACGCUGAUAUUGCCAAAAAAGCACGCUACCUGAGGAAGCAGAAAAAAAUUCAACAUACCUGGACUACAAACUGUAAAAUAUUUAUCAAGCUCAAUGGAACACCGGAGGAAGCAAAAGUGCUGAUGGUAAGGAGUAUGGAGGAGCUAGAUAGAUACCAAUGAUCAUCAUGCAGGACUGUAAGGUAAACUCUACUCACAACCAUGGCACACAUCGAAAGAAAUCAAGCAUCUACACCUGAAGACAACAGUAACAUAACUCAGAGGAUUAGUGAACACGACAAACUGGAACUCCAAUCAUUUCAAUACACUGACCACAGUUCACUGGAUAUGGAACAUGUUAUAGACCCGGAUAACAACUUCUUUAACUCAAUCAACAAUAACUGCAGUUAUUAUACUGAUGAAGAAUUUAAUAGAAUCAAUACAGAUAGCAGACUGUCUAUUAUACAUAUUAACAGUAGGAGUCUGUAUGCCAACUUUACAAACAUUAAGGAUUAUCUUCAUCAGUUUACAGAUCUAUGUGGAAAAGACAUUAAACGUCAGGGUGAUACGGGAUAUGUCAAUGGUAGUUAACAACAUAUUGGAAUGCAUAACAAUUGAAAUACUUAAGGAAAGAAAGAAAAAUGUAAUCAUUCGCUGUAUAUAUCGGACACCAGGUUCUAGCAUUGAACUGUUCACAGAAUGGAUGGAGGAGGUGUUUUCAAAGGUCAGUUGCAAAACAAUUUUCAUCUCUGGAGACUUCAACAUUGAUUUACUCAAUCCAAACAAGCACAAACUGACCGAACACUUUGUUAACACAAUAUAUAGCAUGAACUUGUAUCCAAAAAUCACUAGACCAACCAGAAUAACUUCUCACUGUGCCACUCUUAUUGAUAAUAUAUUCACAAAUUACAUUUUAAACAACACCAUAAGUGGGUUAUUAGUCAGCGACAUCAGUGAUCAUUUGCCAGUUUUUAUGGGUUUUGAUGACAACUAUAAAAUUAUCCAACUGGCCAGAAAACAGGAAUACAGAAGAAUUAAAACAGAAGAAACAAUAAACGCAUUUAAAAAUGGUUUAAUGUCACAAAAUUGGGAUAUUAUAUGCAAUAAAAAUAAUAUUAACUGUGCAUAUGAGGAAUUCUUAAAAAUCUUCAAAAGGUUAUAUGACAAAUACUGCCCUGUAAAAGUAAAUAAUAGGAAACUAAAGUAUGUAAAUCAUCCCUGGAUCACAAAGGGCUUACAAAAUGCCUGUAAAGAGAAAAAUACAAUUUACAGAGAAUUUAUAAGACAAAGAACUAAAGAGGCAGAAAAUAAAUAUAAACAAUAUAAGAAUAAACUAACUAAUAUUAAAAGAGCUGCUAGAAAAGAAUACUAUAGUAAAAUAUUAAAUGAUAAUAAAAACAACACCAAAGAAAUAUGGAAUAUAAUGAAUACUGUAAUAAAAAAUGGCUCUAAAAAAAUUGAUUAUCCUAAAUAUUUUAUUAUCAGGAAUACUGAGAAGAAGUGGCUGAAAACCUCAAUACAUUCUUUGUAAAUACGGGACCUGAUCUGGCCAAACAAAUCCCAGAUUCAGUAACAACUGAGGAGCAAUGUAAUAGUUUAAUAGAUAGGAAUCUGAGCUCAAUGUUCCUCAAAGCAGCGGAUGAGAAAGAAAUCAUAAAGAUAGUUUCCCAAUGCACAAACAAGACAUCCAAAGACUGUGAUGACAUUGACAUGAUUGCCGUAAAACGAGUGAUUGAGGGGAUCUCUAAACCAUUAACAUACAUCUGUAACCUAUCCUUUCAGACCGGUAUAUUUCCAGAUAAAACGAAAAUAGCAAAAAUCAUACCUUUGUAUAAAACCGGGGACAAACACCACUUCACAAACUACAUACCUGUAUCAUUACUAUCACAAUUUUCUAAAAUACUGGAAAAACUUUUCAAUAACCGACUGGACAAAUUUAUAGAUAAAUAUAAAGUACUCACUGAAAGUCAAUAUGGAUUUAGAUCCAACAGAGCAACGUCACUGGCACUAAUUGACUCAGUGGAGGAAAUUACUAACGCAAUAGACCUAAAACAAUAUACAGUUGGGAUAUUCAUUGAUCUAAAAAAGGCAUUUGACACAAUAAAUCAUGAAAUAUUCUUCAAUAAAUUACAUCGGUAUGGCAUCAGGGGGAAACCAUAGAAUUGAUCAAGAGCUAUUUAACAAAAAGGAAGCAGUUUGUGAAGUUGGGUGACACUUGUUCAACGUGUUUGGACAUUAGUUGUGGCGUCUCUCAGGGGUCAGUGUUGGGCCCUAAACUUUUUAUAUUAUAUAUAAAUGAUAUAUGCAAGGUAUCAUAUAUUUUGAAGAUGGUUUUGUUUGCGGAUGACACAAAUAUUUUUUGUUCUGGUAGUGAUUUACACACCUUAACAACACUAAUAAAUAAUGAAUUAAGCAAAUUAAAGGUAUGGCUGGACAGCAAUAAAUUAUCCUUAAACCUAAGCAAAACAAGAGUAAUACUUUUUGGUAAUCACAGAACUAAUUUGAAAAUAGAGAUAAAGAUGGAUGGGGUUAUUAUUGAAAGAGUGAAUGAGAUUAAAUUUUUAGGGGUGAUAAUAGAUGAUAAGAUCAGUUGGAAAUCACAAGUUAAACAUGUACAAUAGGGGUGUAACGAUUCAUCGAUACACAUCGAAAAACAUUCUGUAUUUCAAUAUGUGGAGUUAAGUUAUGGAAUACUUUGGUGAAACGCUCAGGGAAUGUUCAAACAUCUAUCAGUUUAAAAAAAGAUAUAAAGAAGAAAUUGUUUUUACAAGGUACAGAAAUGAGGUGUAUGAGUAUCAUGGGGUGCUUAGUAAUUAUUGAUUUACGUUUCUUUGUUGGUUUAGUUUGUCUGUUUGUCAUUGUUUUGUUCAGGCUGGUUUUAUUUUUUUGUUUUUAUUUUGUUUAUUUCUACCAUUCAGGUAUUUUUGUGUUGUAUUUGAGGUAUGUAUGUAUGUUAAGUGUCUGUGUGUGAAAUAUACGUAUGUAUUAAUAGUGUGUAGGUACAUGUUAAGUGUCUAGCGAGCAGCAGGUGGGAGAUAAUUUAGUAAUUUAGUAUUUUGUUGGAAUAACUGAGGCAAAAUGAUUUAUGGCUGGGUAUUUAGAGAUUAUUAAAUAGGGGGUGGGAUUAAAUAAAUUAUACUUCUUCCUACUCCUUUUCAGACAUGUGAAUGUGACUUAUGGUUCUUUUGCGGUUAUAUCUUUAUUGCUACGCUUGUAGUUUGUGUGCAUGUAUAUGUUAUAUAUGUUAUGUAUAAACAUACACAUGUAUAUGUAUAUUUGUAUAUGUAUAUAUGUAUAUGUAUGUAUGUAGGUAUGUCUGUAGGUGUAUAUAUGUAUAUGCAUGUAUUUUGUCAUGUCUUUUUAUUGUGUACAGUAAGCUUAUUCUUUUUUCACAUGUUUGAAAUAAAUAAACGAAACGAAACGAAACUUGUUUGAUAGUGUUGUUUAAUAUUAAUAAGACAAAUAUCCAUGUCGGAAUAAAAAACAAGUAAACAUUUAAAACUCAUUUGUUGUUGGUUUAAUGGAAUUCAGCUGUUCAGCCCACAAAACACAAUGUCUACAUUUAGGGUAGAUACUUUUGUACAUAGUUUAACACAGUUAAGUAAAUGUCCCGUGGGACUCUGAUGGUCUGGUUACAUCAAUGGUGGGCCUGAGGUCAGCCAUAUUCUGCUCUCACAAGGGACAAUGAACAAGUGGAAUAAUCACUCCAGAACGGGUCGCAUCUUGCUCACUGGCAGUAUUAAAGUCAAGAUCCUCAGUUUCCUAUAUUAAAAAAAAACUGAUUAAAAAAGUCCUACCUCGAAGAGAUCAAGAUCCCUCUGCAGACGUAGAAGAAACAUGCUGGGAACAGAACAGGUGGAUGCUGUCAGAAAGGUCUAGGAGACCUUCAUCUUCAACGCUGUGGGGAACCUCAUAGUACUAUCUAUCUAUCUAUCUAUCUAUCUAUCUAUCUAUCUAUCUAUCUAUCUAUCUAUCUAUCUAUCUAUCUAUCUAUCUAUCUAUCUAUCUAUCUAUCUAUCUAUCUAUCUAUCUAUCUAUCCACACGCUCAUGCAUAUGUAUAGCACAACGUCCUGAGCACGACGUUAAACUGCUACCAAAGACUGGCUCUCGGCAGGAAGCGCGGAGGAAACCCUCAGAGGUUCAACGGGCCGAUUGGCGACACCAGCAAGCUUUGUGGAGCGCUGCGGGCUGGAUGCAUCACCUCGUAAUGUAUUCAGGCCAUCCAGUGCACCCGGCUCCAUCUCCAGCCAUCUUGACUCUGUCUUUCCACUGGAUACAAGUGGACUCAGGCGAGAGAGUGAGGUUGACACUGCGCAACCCACCCUCACUUAAAGUCAUGACUUCACACACACACGCACACACAAACACGCACACACACUCCCCGCAAUUGAGGCUAUGUCAUCGUCAGGCAUAGGGACAGACAGGAUGUCAGGGUCACUAAGGGAGUGUGUGGUGCAGAGUGCUGGACUGACCACACGCUCCUGGUAUCAAAGCUGAACAUCAAGAUUCACCCUCCUAGGAGGCUUCAAGGUUCCAAAGCAUUUGAAUGUCUCCAGGCUCGCCAACACCUUUGUGAAGCAAUCCCUGGAUGAAAAGCUCGCCAGUAAACUGCAAGACCUGAAACCUUCAGGGAAUGUGGAGUUGGACUGGAUUCAAGCAGGGCUGUGUUCUGGCACCCACUCUGUUCAGCAUGAUGUUCUCAGCCAUGCUGACAGACACAUACCGUUUUAGGGACAUGGGAAUAGACCUGCGCUACCGCACCGAUGGCAAGCUGUUCAACCUACGGAGACUACAGGCUAAAACAAGAGUGCAGAUGACCACAGUCUGCGACUUCCUCUUUGCGGACGACUGCGCACUCAAUGCAUCCAGCCAGAUGGAAAUGCAACUGAGCAUGGACAUCUUUGCCACAGCAUGCUCUGACUUUGGCCUCACCAAGUUCGUCUACCUAGGUAGCACCCUGUCCCGUAUGGCCAAUAUAGAUGAGGAAAUCAUGCACAGGGUGGCACAUGGAAGUGCAGCCUUGGGCAGACUCCGCAGCUCUGUCUGGGAACGUAGAAGGCUCUGCCUGCAGACCAAACUCAAGGUCUACAGUGCUGUUGUCCUCCCCUCCCUGCUCUAUGCCUGUGAGACAUGGACCGUCUACAGCCGACAUGCAAAGCAGCUCAAUGGCUUCCACAUGAGAUGCCUCAGGAAGCUACUGAACAUCAGAUGGCAGGACAAGAUCCCAGACACUGAGGUCCUCCACAGGGCAGAGAUGGAAAGCAUCUAUGCCACCCUCAAGCGCUCCCAGCUGCGAUGGGCUAUUCGUGUCUGCCGCAUGCUAGACGAACGCCUUCCAAAAAGGCUUCUGUACGGCGAACUACACUUUGGCAAGCACUCUCGUGGCGGCCAGCGGAAGCGGUACAAGGACACCCUAAAGGCCAGUCUCAAAAGCUGCGGUCUAGACCCAGAGACCUGGGAGGCCAAUGCCCAACACCGACCAAACUGGCGCACUGCAGUCAAGCACGGCGUUGCAGACUUUGAAAAGCGACGCAUCCAUGAAGCGGAACGGAAACGACAGCUUCGCAAAACAAAAGACAGUUCUUCUCUCCCACCCAACCAGCCCUCAACCCUAACCUGCCCCCACUGCAACCGGUCAUUCCAUGCAGGGAUUGGCCUCAUCAGCCAUCUCUGCACACAUAAGACACUGUGAAGUCACAUGGUCAUCUUCGAAAGCGAAGAACGAACAUGAUGAUAGACACACACGCACGCACACACACACAUGCACGCACUUACGCGCGCGCACGCACACACACACAUACACACACACACACACACACAAGAUUAAUUAUGAAAUAAGGAAUGAUCUAGGUACCAAAGGUUAUUUUCUCGUCUUUGGUAUGUGUGAUAACAAAGAAAGUGAAUAAACAUUUGGUGAGCAUGUGUCCGUGGGAGUACGGUUGGGCGGAACAGUAAACUGAGGUAAACUUGAAAAUAUUAAUAAGAAAUCCUCGUCUCAAUCUGCCAGGUGACUUUGACCAAAAUAUGUAUCUUGUAAAAGGGCAUGCUGGUUUAUUUUUCAACCCAAAUUAUCAAUGCAAUCCAGGUAAAAUGACAUCAAAGAUGAUUAAAUAAUUAAAAAAAAGUAGCAUGAGAGCUUUUAUAAAAUCAUAUAGUCUGCAUUUCUUUUGCAUUAUUUGGAAUCACAGUUGAGAUGGAGUCUGCUGUAGAUGAAUUUGAGCAAGAAUCGGGAUACCCAGGAGCCAGCCAAUCACAGAGAAAUUCAGAUUUUUUUUACCUGUAAUGGCCUGCAUGUUCAUUUAUGGUUUGUCAAAACUGGCUAGGAAAAAAAAAUUAAAUUAAUGAGGAACGAAAUGUGCCUUUUAUUUUGUCCUGGAGCAGAAAUGUUCAUUGCCUAUGCCUGUAAAUUUACAGAACUGAGCCUAGUAAGAAAAAAAAUAAAAAUCAAAUUACUUUUUAAUCGUGAGAUCCAUGCAUAGAGCAGGUGUCACACCAAUUGUGGAAAUGAUGGACGUUAUUGCAGUGGGUGUCGAUUUAUCGUGCAGAUAUAUAAUUGCAUUCAACCUCUAACGAGAGCAGUAAGAUGCUUAGCACAUUCCAACCCAACUACGAAAGCCCCACAGACACAGGCACCAAGUUACUAUGAGUGGCCAAGCACAGAAAACGCGGGGAGCACAAGAACCCGAUCUUGUGCUGCCACUAGAGUGAAAGCCACGCAGGAACCACUGAAGAAAACACCUUCACCACCCUGUAGUUUGUGUCAUGUAAAAUCUUCAUUCGUCAUAAAUCAGUAGCAAAAACAAUGUCAAAUACAGCAACAAUAAACUGACGACUGAAUUUCCCACUGUCUGAAACUUGGUCCAAAGUGUUUCAACUUGCCCAAGAAUGUGGGCAUGUAUUUUUGUAUGCUGGAAUACCACUGAGAAAUGGGUGUGUAUGAUCUGCCUUCACACCGAAACAUCGUUGUUCCUUUCAUCUGUGAUGUUUCUCAUGAGUAUACAAAACUUGACCCUCAAUAUUUUUCUUUAAAAAAGCCAGUAUCUUUAACAUAAAACCCCUAACCAUCAGUUCUGAUAGAAGAAGAAAAAGCCUUCUCAGUGGCCUAGUGGUAUAGUGUCCGCCCUGAGACUGGAAGGUUGUGGGUUCAAACCCCAGCCGGGUCAUACCAAAGACUAUGAAAAUGGGACCCAUUGCCUCCCUGCUUGGCACUCAGCAUUAAGGGUUGGAAUUGGGGGGUUAGAUCACCAAAUGAUUCCUGAGCGUGGCACCGCUGCUGCUCACUGCUCCCCUUUCCCCCAGGGGAUGGAUCAAAUUCACACGGGGAUGGGUUAAAUGCAGAAGACACCCAGAUGUGUGUGUGACGAUCAUUGGGACUUUAACUUUUUAACUUUAAAAAUAAAGGGAUCAAAUGCCUCUAUUACUUCAUCUGCCAUGAAGGAAUCGAACAAAACACGCACAAACAUGCUGCAAAAAGAAUGCUCUGACUGGCCCCAAACAGAAAAAGAAAACUCUGAUAAGAUCUACCAGAACCAGUGCCAGUGCAGUACAUGUUAAUCUGAUAUGACCACUUUUCUGAUGAUGCGUGUUCUAACAUGUUACUUGUUCCAGACCGGGAGUCAGAAUGAAGUUACUUAUCCAAGUCACUGUGUGUUAUCAACAUUGUCAUUUUUAGGAAUAAAAUGAUCAAGUCCUUAAAAAGCGAGAAACAUAAUUACAAAAUGUUGUAUUAUUUACACUAUUCACCUGAUUUGGAUACAUACCACCAGAUUAAAGCUGAACAUCUUCAAUUGAA